GCUAGAUGGGAACUAGCUGCUUCCGUCUCAAAGAUCAACGGCGAACACGCGCAAAGUUCUCUUUCUAUACUGGCUCCUGUUACUGUGAAGAUCACGUACAAUACACGUCACUGCGUUUGCCAGUAAAGGAGAAACAUUAUAAGAAUAUCUGACGGAUUCAGUUGCGCUGAACAAGACAAUGUCUGACAAGAACCAAACCUCAAACCUUCCUGAUGCACACAGAGAUGAAGAUUACUCUGAUGUAGACUCUGAUGUAGUGAAAGAUGAGAUAACAGAAGAUCUGUGUUUGACGUGUCAGAUGGGAGACCCAGAUGAGGAAACCAGUGACCGUAUCAGCUCAGAUGAAGAUAACGCUGAUAUAGUGAAAUUUGUCAUAACAGAAGAUCUAUGUGGUAGGCAACAGCUGGGAUCAACAGAUGAGACCAGAGACAUCAUUAGACAAGGUGAAUUUAAAAACUGCAGUAAUCCUAGUCAUGGUGAAAGUACAGAUACUUUUGUCAAUCUUCUUCAAAAUCAAAGAAGCCGUGUGGAAAAUGUAUGCUCUGAAUAUCGAAAAGGUUUUACGAGGAAAUCAAAUAUUUUAAGACCUCAGAUAAGUCAUACAGGGAAGAAAGCAAUUUCAUGUUCUGAAUGUGGGAAAUGUUUUACAAAUAAAUCAACUCUUAUUAGUCAUCAGAAAAGUCAUACAGGGAAGAAAGCAUUUUCAUGUUCUAAUUGUGGGAAAUGUUUUACUAAGAAAGCAAAUCUUAUUAAGCAUGAGAAAAUCCAUACAGGAGAGAAAGCAUUUUCGUGUUCUAAUUGUGGGAAAUGUUUUACAGAGAAAUCAACUCUUGUUAAGCAUCAGAAAAUUCAUACAGGAGAGAAAGCAUUUUUAUGUUCUGAAUGUGGCAAAUGUUUUGCUCAGAAGCCACAUCUGAUUUCACAUCAGAAAACUCAUACAGGAGAAAAAGCAUUUUCAUGUUUUGAAUGUAGGAAAUGUUUUGCUAGGAAAGCAACUCUAAUUAAGCAUCAGGCAACUCAUACAGGCGAAAAAGCAUUUUCAUGUUCUGAAUGUGGAAAAUGUUAUACUCAGAAAGCAACUCUUAAAAGGCAUACGAAAAUUCAUACAAGGGAAACAGAUCUUAAUCAUAAGAAAAUUCAUAUUAAAAGAAAUCUUGAAGAUCAGAGCAUGACUUCUUAAAGGGACAGUGUAUAGUAAUAAUCCCCCCUUUAAUGUUUUCCCAAUUAUCCAUUUUAAAUUUUGUACAAAUAGCUUUUAUCCUUUCUUUUCUCGUUUGAAAUAGCUGAUUUUGCCUAUUGUUUUCCAACCUAUACUAAACAUUUCUGAACUUAAAGGGACAGUGUGCACCAUUUUUUACAUAACUGCAUGUAAUAGACACUACUAUAAAGUUUAAUAUGCACAGAUACUGAUAUAAAAAUCCAGUAUAAACUGUUUAAAAACUCUUAGAAGCUCCCAGUUUAGCUCGGUUGAACAGGUUAGCUGAAACACCCACUGAAAGUGAAUGUAUACCAACUAGAGAAGACACUCCCCCCUUCCUCUGCAUAUGAAAAGACUCUACACAAACAGAAGCAAGCUUGAGUAGGUAGACAUCAGUAUACUUCCAAAACGUUGUGCUUGGCUAGGAGUCUGAAAAUCAGUUCAAUGUUGAUUUAAAAAUAAGCAAAACUAUACUUAAAAAACAAAACCCUGUAUAUGCUAUAUAAAUGGAUCAUCCACAAAGCAUUUAUGCAAAGACAAAUCUAGUGUAUAAUGUCCCUUUAAGAUCUGGUUACAAAAAUACAUAUAAACAAAAAGGUUUAGAUAAAAUAAUGCACUCAGUUUGUGUCUAUGAUAGAGACAUAUUAAAAUGUUAAUUCUUCAUUGUUUUCUUUACGUACUGGCCUUUGCGUAAACCAUAAAAAAGAUAAGGUGGGCUUGUGUAAAUAAUUAGACAGGUAAUGAGGUUUGCUUUCCCUGCUAACUACACCCAUUUUAUUGGGUUGUGGUUUCAAUUGGCAGAAGCAGACAAUUUAUGUAUAAAAUUAUAACUAAAAAACAUAAUUUAUGUAAGAACUUACCUGAUAAAU